CUUCAGGACACAGAGUUAGGAAGGCCACCAACAUCAAGACUGGAAGUGGACUGAAAGGGUGUUGUGCUGGAGACGAGAGGCCGCUGCUAUCCACCACAGCUGCUCAGUGGUGAGCUGGCUGCCACCAUGGCUGAGGGAGAAGUCACCACCUUCUCAGCCCUGACGGAGAAGUUCAAUCUGCCUGGAGGGAACUACAAGCUGCCCAAGCUCCUUUACUGUAGCAAUGGAGGCCACUUCCUGAGGAUCCUUCCAGAUGGCACAGUGGAUGGGACCAGGGACAGGAGCGACCUGCACAUUCAGCUGCAGCUGAGUGCGGAAAGCGUGGGGGAGGUGUUUAUAAAGAGUACGGAGACUGGCCAGUACUUGGCUAUGGACACCGAUGGCCUUUUAUAUGGCUCGCAGACACCCAGUGAAGAGUGUUUGUUCCUGGAGCGGCUGGAGGAGAACCACUACAACACCUACACAUCCAAGAAGCAUGCCGAGAAGAACUGGUUUGUGGGCAUCAAGAAGAAUGGAAGCUGCAAGCGUGGUCCUCGGACUCACUACGGCCAGAAAGCCAUCUUGUUUCUCCCUCUGCCAGUCUCCUCUGACUAAAGAAAUCCACCCCAGUUGCCACUCACUCCCAGAGGAGCCUCGUGGGAGUCACUCACCUGGUGGACCCCAAAAUGUUCCCUUGACCUUUGGCUGCACUAACCCCUGGUCCACAGAGCCCAAGUAUGCAAGCAAUGCGCUUCUACUUCUACAUGCCUGGUUCCUUUUUCAGCAGGGCCCUUUCCCCCCAGCACAGUUCAGAACAGAGGGACCAACUUGCCUCCAGGGGUCCAACCAGCUGACAGUCUGGGCUUAGGUGGAGCUGGGCAGUUUGGGUGAUUCUAGCCCCUGAUGCGAGUUGAGCUCCUCAGUGCAAGAGUAGGGGUCAAGUGUAAGGGAAAAAGGGGGUUAAGGCACCUGCUAAGAGAGCCAUCACCAGUACAUGCCAUUUCCCUCUGGUGAGACAGCCCGUGAGUCCCUUUAACAUCUGGCGUGACUUCCUUUCAUGUUUCAGCGCCCCAAUAAUACAAGCAGAGAAGCUGAAGCUAGGACAGAGGUAAUCAGUGUUCCAGGAGUACAAACAAGAACAGAAAUGAAGAGACUGAAAGGGGAGAUGGAAAGACUGCCUUUUGGUAGACAACUGAGAAAGACAAGAUCUCAAGGUGGAAAGACUGAAGGGCGGGGAGAGGCCCAGCCACAGGGAAGCAGAAUUGUUCCCCAGCCUUGGGAGUCAUCACUCCCGCCUUGAUCUCCCCAAGGUCAGUCAGCAAACAGCAGGAAGCCCCUAGAUGAUGCCAGGUGAUGGAGAGCAUGACAAAUCGUUGUGGAUCAAAGCAAGGAUGUCAGAUGCUGGGAAAUUCAGCUGGGUCUGGGGAGUGCAAAUGGCAGUGAUGAGAAAGAAAGGAAAUGUUGGCUGAGAGGAUGCUAGCCACUACGGGGGUGUGGAGGGGGUGGUUUUAGAAGGGAGGAAAAGGAGAGAAAGAGCCACCACGAGUUGUGCUUGGCCACCAGGAGGCAGAUGCUGACCCAGCAGGGCUGGGUGGAGCUGCUACGCUUCCACCAGGCCCCAAGAAUGUGAUCCCAAGCCAGCUCAAAUCCCCAAACCGCAUCUCACCCUUAAAAUCACCCCCUCCCCAGUGAAGAUCCCUGGGCAGGCAAGAGGCAUGGACAGAGGGGCUACCUGUGCCAGGGCUGGUUUUAAGGCACUCUGGCCCAGUUGCUAUAAAACAUCCAUUCAGAAGAUACACAAUAGCAUAGUUCAAAAAUGUUAAGCCCUCACAACAGCUUUCCCCAAGAGCCCAUUUGUGUUGCCAUUACUUGUAUAAAUGUGCUUCCUGCUUAAAGUAAACUUGACCCAAGUGGCUAGCAAAUUAGAAACACCAUUCAUCUCUGACAUAUGAUGCCAAGGCCAUGUAAAGGCCUUUAAUAAGCUAUUUAAAUUUGCUGUAAGGCUCUCUAUGUUUUAAUCACAUUUAAAAAUAUAUAGCUUGAAGGCAGUUAAACCGAUUAGCAUUCAGCCACUGAGAAUAAUAAUAAUAUGAAGUAGAAGCUACUCAGUUAUCUAAUGCUUACACUACAUGUACGUAUAAGAGGAAAUCUUUCUGCUUUCCACUGUUUUCACAAAUUUUCUUUAGAGAAGGAGGACUCAUCAGCAUGAGAGUGUUAGUUUUUGUUUUACAAGGGCCGGAAGUAGUUAUGAAUUGGAAAAGAAUUACCUGAUAACCAAGCUGUCCUACUGAAAAUGGAAGAGAAAUGACACUUUGUGAAAGUUGAAAGUGAGAAGAUGAUCAAAGAACCAAACUAAGGAAGGUGACAAUGUGGUUAACAGCAGCCACCUGCCUGUUCAGAAAAGUGUUUCUGGAACUUGGAAAGCAAGAUUUGAUUUUGUUUUGGGAAAUCUUUGCAGACAGGUUGGAAGGCAGGGGCACACACAGCACCUUAACAUCUUAAUAUGAAGAUUUGGCCAGUAAAUAGUACGCAGGGAGGAACUCUAAGACAUUUAUCAUAGCCUAUAGAUUAUGUUGUAGGAAUCAAAUUCAAGUAUAACAUGGGCCAAGGGCAAUUAAGUACCAUCACCAACCCAUGAAACCACAGCCUGUGAUUUCAUAGGCCCAAAGCCCUGCAGGAGGAGGACCGUUAGGACCCUGACAGUCUUGACUGGGUCACUGUUCGUAUAUUUUAUUCAAUGCAUAUAAUGCCUACUGUGUGCCAGGCACUGUACUGGGUCCCGGGCCCUGAGGACUCUGGCAAACUUGCUGCUGUGUCCUCUACCCAGGUAUUUGUUUUGUGACAAUGAAGAGGCUGUGGUUUCAUUGCUUGAAGACAAAUAAAAAUCAUAUAGACUUUGUAGGUUUCUUCUGAGAAAAACAGCAAGUCCUAGGAAGAACUGGGAGUGUCU